AUGCCGAUACCUGACAACGACAUGAGGAUCCGUCUCAAGGCAACGGCGUUCGUCAUCUACUACCAUGCCGACCUAACCAAGGCGCGUCAAUUUCUCCUCGACUUCGGACUGUCCAUCGCGCGAGAAGAUCCCCAAAACCAGAUCUUCUUCAAAGGGUAUGGCGUGGAGCCCUUUGUAUACAUCGCACGUCAAGCCGACGGCAAGAGCAGUUUCGAAGGAGCAGCAUAUGAAGUGGAGAGUAGAGGAGAGCUGGAACGCGCAAGUCAGAUAGAUGGAGCUACUUCUAUUGCACCUCUCGACGCUCCAGGAGGAGGGAAUUAUGUUAAGCUCACCGACCCUGUAGGACACCAUGUCUAUCUCAUUCAUGGUCAACAAAAGAGUGAGGCCGAACCGCCAGCUCUGAAGAAGCUGGUCGUCAAUUACGAGGACGAAAAGCCACGAAAGGGCAAAUUCCAGCGCUUUGAGCUCGGCCCAGCUCCCGUUCAUCGCUGGGGUCACUACGGUGUGACAUAUCCAGAUGGCGCGUAUCAACAGAUGUAUGACUGGUACACCAAGACUCUCGCUCUCGCUCCAUCGGAUAUCGUUUACAAAGACGAUAAGCCCAUCACAUGCUUCUUCCAUAUCGAUCGUGGUUUGGAGUACACAGAUCACCAUGCCUUCUUCUUUAAGCGGGUCAAACCGGACUACGAACCUACUGUUGCGCAUUCUGCGUUUGAGACCCAUGACUUCGACGUCGAGCAUUUGGGCCAUGACUAUCUUGAGUCGAAAGGAUAUGAGAGUUGUUGGGGUGUGGGAAGACAUGUCCUCGGAAGUCAAGUCUUUGACUACUGGUUUGAUACCAGCAAGUUCAUAUUGGAGCACUAUGCGGAUGGCGAUUUGGUCAAUGCUGAGACGGAGGUAUCGCACGUUCCUGCUGGGCCACAGGCGCUCAAGAUCUGGGGGCCACCUAUUCCGGGCGUGUUUUAG